UUUCCAUUCACACAUUCCGUUUACAGACUAACCAUACAACCACCUGCCAGAUCUCGUCGCGGCGGCAUCAAGCACGCGAAGCGCGCACCAAUGACGUGACGCGUACCUCGGUCCUGAUAUCCCAACACCUCCCCCAUCGCAUCUCAAGUUAUCAACGACUCGUCUUGUACAACACUCCCCAAAUGCCAACAACAAGAGGCCAGCAGCGCGACGCAGAAAUGGAAGCCGCACUGAAAAUCUUCUUCUCGUCCCCCCGUUUCGCCGUGGCGGGCGCCUCCUCCGACCCCUCCAAGUUCGGGCACCGAGUCUUCGCAUGGUACCUCCAGCACUCCCUCCCUGCGAUUCCUCUGAACCCCAGGUCCCCCUCUAUCUCCGUCCUAUCCCGUGACCACCCCACCGUUGCUUCGCCAACUGCACUCUCAGAUCCUCCGGCCUCUGAUUACUCGCUGUCCGUCAUCACGCCGCCCGCUGUUACCAAGCAGUUACUCAAGGAAGCCAAGGAGGCUGGUGUGCCGGCGGUGUGGCUGCAGCCGGGCAGCUUCAACGACGAGGUGUUGGCGUACGCGCAGGCCAACUUCAAAGCUGCGAUUGCGGGGGAUGGCGGGAGGGGUGGCGAGGGGUGGUGUGUGCUUGUGGAUGGGGAGGCGGGGUUGAAGGCUGCGGGGCGCGAGUGGUCGAGGUUGUGAGGAUGGGUGGUGGUGCGUGUCGCAAACGGAUGUUGGGGUGCCGGGUUUCUCUGUGUUGGACAGUGGGGAAGGCCGCACACUGUUGGACUUCUAACUACGAGGCUGGAUGCUGGGUUUUGGUGACCCGACUGGUUUGUGGUGUGUGUAUCGUUGGCGUACCGACACGAGAAAGUAGGGAAAUUGAUCAGUGGAGCUCCCUGCUCCAAGCUCAAGAAGCGCAGUCCAGCAAUAUCCACUCGACCAGUAGGCGUUCACAUGGGGACGGGUAACAUCAGUUUCGCUAUAACGCUGC